AUGGCGCAGUCACAACUCGCUGGCGGAGCGGCCCCAGCAUGGAGGCAGUUCCCCUUCUUCGACGUCGUUCCCGUCAAGGACGCACAUGACCUCGGCAGCUCCCCUGAGAUAUUCCAGAAAACUCCAGAAAUAUCGACGACAGUAGCGUCCUCCGUCGGGCUCAUCGUCGCCGACAUCCAUGGAAGUGUCUACCUCGUCGACCGCGACUUCGAGAUUGGCAAGGCCUGGGUCGCGCACGUCGGAGGGCGGGUCACGCAUAUGGCCGAACGUCGAGGCAUCCUCAUUACGCUCGGGGAAGAGGACGCCGUCCGACACCCGCUGCUCAAAGUCUGGGACCUCCAGGCCUUCGACAAGAAGACCGGCGCCCCGCUUCUCCUCCGUGCAGCUAAGGUCCAGAGCGGGAACCGCCCCCACCCCGUAUCGACCAUCGCCCUCUCCGCGACGCUCGCGUACCUCGCUAUCGGGCUCGGUGACGGCACCGUCAUUCUCUACCGCCACCUUGACCAGUCUGUCUUCUCCACCUCCGGCUCGCUCAGCACCCUCCCAAAGCCGCGCGUCAUUCACGAGUCUUCCACCGAGCCGGUCACCGGCCUCGGAUUUCGGGAGCCGUCCGACGACAGCCCAAACAUUUACCUCUUCAUCGUCACCAUUGGCCGCGUUCUAUGCUAUCAAGCGUCAGGGAAAGGCAACGGUGCGGCGCCCAUCUCGGUCGACGAGAUUGGUGCAGGACUGGGGUGCGCGAACAUGGACUGGAAGGCGCGGGAGGUGGUCGUGGCGAGGGACGAGGCGAUAUACUUGUGUGGGACGGAGAGCCGAGGCGCGUGCUUCGCGUACGAAGGAUUGAAGUCGCGGAUACACACGUACCGCAACUACAUCGUCAUCAUUUCCCCACCAUUCGCGCCGACAGCUACCGCUGCGUCAGCAACAGUGCGCAACUUUGUCGCGAAGAAUGUCGCUCCUGCCGGGUCUGAGAUCACGAAAGUCACGGUCUUCGACCUGGAGAACAAGUUUGUCGCGUAUACAGGCACCUUCAUGGAAGGCGUGCGGGAGAUAUUCUCGGUGUGGGGAAAGCUGUAUGUCCUCUCCAACGACGGAAAGUUGAUGUGUUUGGAAGAGAAGCCCACGUCCACGAAGCUCGACAUGCUGUAUCGCAAAGGGCUCUACGUCCUUGCCCUCAACAUCGCGGAGACGCAGCAGCUCGAUGAGGCCCACGUAGCCGACAUUCACAAGCAGUAUGGAGAUCACCUGUACACGAAGGGUGACUACGACGGUGCUAUGCAACAGUACAUCCAGACCAUGCGCUAUGUGCAGCCGAGUUAUGUCAUCCGGAAGUUCCUGGAUGCUCAGCGCAUACACAACCUUGUCACCUAUUUGCAAGAACUGCACUCGCUCGGGCUCGCCAACUCGGAUCAUACCACCCUUCUCCUCAACACCUACACGAAACUGAAGGACGUCUCGCGGCUCGACAGCUUCAUCAAGCGCGAGUCUCUGCGAACGACAGGCGAUGGAGACAAGGAUGAGUUACCGUUCGACCUGGAUACCGCCAUUCGCGUGUGCCGGCAAGCAGGUUACUUUGAGCAUGCGUCGUACCUCGCGAAGAAGUAUGAACGCCACGAAGACUACCUCCGGAUACAGAUCGAAGAUGCGGGCAAUUACAAGGAUGCGCUCUUGUAUCUUCGGAGACUGGGGGCGGAGGCUGCUGAAAGCAACCUUGCGCGUUAUGGCCGAGCGAUGCUCGAGAACCUCCCAGAAGAGACGACAGACCUCCUUAUCGACCUCUGCACCAGCCUGUCGCCGUUGACGGUUGAGCCGGAGCAGAUCGAGAUCGUUUCAACGAGGCAACAGCAGAGCGGCGGUCCAUCCUACCUCUCGUACCUCGCUCUGAACCGAGUGUCAACUGCUGGGCUCGCAUUACCUUCAGACGCAGCACCCUCUCCAUCUCAACCAGAACCUCCACGAGAUCCCGCCAAGGAACCUUCCCAGACUCCCUCUCCAUCCGACGCGACUCCCGAGACGACCACCCCUGUGAAAGCGCCUCCACCAACUGUGAAGCGCCCAUCUCCCCGCCUUUACUUCGCGCAUUUUGUCGACCAUCCCAAUCACUUCAUACGCUUCCUCGAGACCGUUGCGCGGAAACGCUGGGGCCAGGCACUGGAAAAGUCCGGUACGCCUCUCGCCGUGGGGACCGACCCGAACGCCGACGAACAGGCUGAACAGGCGGACCAGGUCGCCGUCUGGAACACCCUCUUCGAGCUCUACCUCUCCCGCCCGGGCGCUGACCCCACCACGCACACGGACACCAAGGCACUCGCUGUGCUCGAGAACACGAGCCUCCCUUACGACACCACGCACGCGCUCAUCCUCUGCUCCACACGCGCGUUCACGCCCGGGCUCGUCCUCCUCUGGGAGCGCCUGGGGAUGCACGAGGACGUCGUGCGUUUCUUCAUCGACCGACACGGCGCGGGGGACGCGGGCGCGAGCGCCGAGGUCGUCCGCCGGCUCGCACAGUACGGGCCCGGGCGCGCGCAGCUGUACCCCCUCGUGCUCCGCUUCCUGACGAGCACCCCGGCGCUGCUCGCGAAGCACCGGCGGGACGUGGCUGAGGUGCUGCGGGUGAUCGAUGCAGAGAAUAUCAUGCCGCCAGUGAGCGUCGUGCAGCUGCUGAGUCGGAACGACGUCGCGAGCGUGGGGCUCGUCAAGGAGUGGCUCAUGCAGCGCAUCCAGAGCGCGCGUGAGGAGGUCGAGACGGACCAGCAGCUGAUCAUGUCGUACCGGCUGGAGACGCAGGCGAAGGUGCGCCAGGUGGAGGAGCUCGCGGACCCGGACCGGCCGCACGUAUUCCACGUGAGCCAGUGCUCGGCGUGCCAGGGAGGGCUCGACCUCCCGGCGGUGCACUUCAUGUGCAACCACUCCUACCACCAGCGGUGUCUGCCGCAGAACGAGACGGAGUGCCCGAACUGCGCCCGGGAGCACGGGAUGAUUAGGGAGAUCCGGCGGAACCACGAGCGGCUGGCGGACCAGCACGACCUGUUCGUGUCCGAGGUGCGCGAGGGUGGGUUCAGCGCGCUCGCGGGGGGCUUUGGGCGCGGGACGUUGAACAUGGCACGGGUCGACGACGUUACGGCGUAG